AUGCAAAUCGCAGCCAUUAUUACAACCAUAGCCUAUGUAGCCACGUCGGUCUCGACAGGGAUAACUUAUACCGGGACAACUUAUACUGAAUUCGAGGGAUACCCUCUUCCAGCGAGUACCAAUGGAUGUGUUCACUCCGUCUUCUGUGUACGUACUAACCUUUCUGUCAAAACCAAGAUUUCAACGUUUCUUUACUUCUAACAUCACUCUAGAGUGUAAAUUGAAAUGCUAAUCAUGAUUAUAUAUCUACCAGGUUCUUAUCAUCAAUCUCUUUUAGGAAGGGAUUUUCAAGUCGGUCGAGACAUUUGAACAUUUGUCAAUACGACUAAAACCGAGGAAAUCAUUAGAUGCGACUCUCGAACUUAUAAUGAAACUGGUGUAA